AUGGUGCGAAAAGGCUUUGAGAGCAAGUACAAGAAAACACACAAUUUGGAGUAUCGACUAUCUGAGGCGGCAAAAGUUCGUGAUAAAAACCCCGAUCGAAUUCCCAUUAUCUGCGAAAAGGUGGACGGUUCCGGCAUUGGUGAUUUGGAAAGGGGUAAAUUUCUCGUGCCGUCGGAUCUCACUGUCGGGCAAUUUGUACUGGUGCUUCGGAAGCGUGUGACGGUGGAGGCGGAUGAGGCGAUUUUUCUUUUUGUCAAUGGCGCUGUGCCUCCCACCACUGCACAAAUGUCUGAUUUGUACGCGCAGCACAAGGACGAGGACGGUUUUCUUUACAUAAAGUACUCUGGAGAAGCAACCUUUGGUUCUCGGUGA